AUGGAUCUGUAUAACAUGCCAGGCUCGCCGAGCACUCGAGCCAUUAUGAUGACCGCCAGGGCUCUGGGAGUAGAGUAUAACUCCAAGUUUCUAAACACCUUUACAGGAGAGCAACUGAGCCCCGAGUUUGUGAAGAUCAACCCUCAGCACACUAUUCCCACACUGGUGGACCAUGGAUUCGUCAUCUGGGAGACACGGGCCAUUGUUACUUACCUGGUGGAGCAGUACGGAGAGCCAGACUCUCCGCUGUACCCCAACGAUCCUCAGAAACGGGCUGUGAUCAACCAGCGACUGUAUUUCGACAUGGGCACCCUUUACGAUGCAUUCGCAAAAUACUACUUUCCUCUUUUGCGAACCGGCAAGCCGGGAAGUCCGGAAGCCUUGGAGAAAUUCCACACGGCUUUCGACCUUCUGAAUACCUUCCUGGAGGGCCAGGACUACGUGGCGGGCACUCAACUAACGGUGGCCGACAUCGUCAUCUUAGCCACAGUCUCGACCACAGAGUUGGUUCCCAACUUUGAUUUUUGCAAAUACCCAAAUGUGGAGAGGUGGUACAAGAACGCGCAGAAGGUCACCCCCGGAUGGAAUGAGAACCUGGAAAGGAUUCGAGAUGCAAAAAAAUUCCUUGAAGCCAACAUGCCCCAAUUGGAUCUCUACAACAUGCCCAUGGCUCCCGCCAGCCGGGCCAUCCAGAUGAUUGCCAAGGCCGUGGGAGUGGAAUUGAACUCCAAGCUCAUCAACACCAUGGAGGGUGACCAGCUGAAGCCCGAGUUCGUGAAGAUCAACCCCCAGCACACCAUUCCCACACUGGUGGAUGACGGAUUCGCCAUCUGGGAGUCGCGAGCCAUCGCCGUCUACCUGGUGGAGAAGUACGGCAAGCCCGACUCUUCCCUAUACCCCAAGGAUCCCCAGAAGAGGGCUCUGAUCAACCAGCGCCUGUAUUUCGAUAUGGGCACCCUCUACGACGCUAUGGGCAAAUACCUCUUCCCUCUCUUCCGCACCGGAAAGCUGGGAGAUCAAGAAGCUCUGGACAAGUUCAACGCCGCCUUUGAGUUCCUUAACACCUUCCUCGAGGGUCAGGACUUCGUAGCCGGCAAGGAACUCACGGUUGCCGAUAUCGUUCUUCUGGCCACCGUGUCCUCAACCGAGUUUAUAUCCUUCGACUUGUCCAAAUUUCCGAAUGUGGAUAGGUGGUACAAGAACGCCCCCAAAGUGGUUCCCGGUUGGGCUGAGAAUGUAAAGUCCCUUGAGGAGGGUAAGAAGUUUUUCGAGCAAAAAUUAGCCGAAAAGAAGUAAA